AUGUGCCGCUCAGGACCCCACAGCUCUGCCAGGACCUGCAGCACCACAGCCCUGGGCAUGGCUGUGAACGAGAGCAGCGACUGUUUUCUGACAAACAGAGUACUAGAAAAGUAUUAUCUCUCCACCAUGUACAGCCUCGAGUUCACUUUAGGUGUCAUUGGAAACACCAUCGUGGUGUUUGGCUAUAUUUUCUGCCUGAAAAAAUGGAAAAGUGGCAACAUCUACCUGUUCAAUUUAUCCAUAUCGGAUUUGUUAUUUCUGUGCACUCUGCCAAUACUGGUGAACAGCUACUCCCACGAUCAGUGGUCAAAGGAGGACAUCCUGUGCCACAGCAACAGAUUCCUGCUGCAUGCCAACCUGUACAGCAGCAUCCUCUUCCUCACCGCUAUCAGCGUUGACCGGUACCUGCUCAUAAAACACCCCUUCGGGGACCACGUCCUCCAGAGGAGGAGAACGGCUGUUAUGGUGUCCGUCGCCAUAUGGAUUGGGGUGAUCCUGGAGCUGCUGCCGCUGGUGCAUUUCCUGGAGCCUCUAACACCCACCAAUAAUUACAAGUGCCUUGAUUAUGCCAGCUCUGGAGACCCCGCGACAAACCUCAUCUACAGCAUGUUCCUGACCGUCUUUGGUUUCCUCGUCCCUCUCCUGACCAUGUGCCACUUCUACGUGAAGAUGGUCCGUGUCCUUAAAACCAGGAGAGAGCAGGGCAGUUCUGGCCUGACCCUGGAGAAGCCCCUUGCCCUGGUGAUCCUCACGGUGGCUAUCUUCUCCCUGCUCUUCACUCCCUACCACGUCAUGCGCAACGUGCGGCUGGCGUCCCGAGUCCCGGCCUUGAACGUCUCCGAGUGCACGCAGGAAGUCAUCAGCACCAUUUACAUCAUCACGAGACCCUUUGCCUUUCUGAACAGUGCCAUUAACCCCGUUUUUUAUUUCCUGAUGGGUGACCACUUCAGAGACAUGCUGAUGGCCAAAAUAAGACAGCUCCUGGGCAGGCCGACAGCCACUGGGAAGUGAAUGAGGAAGGAGACCCCUUGCAGUGGGAGAGGUCCGGCAGGAAACUCUCUUAGGGAGAGCGUUCAGCGGUGCCACUGUUUCUAGACGACUUUAUUCACGCAAUAGAAUAGAGAUGAGCUGAUUGUGUUCCUCUAAAUGCACCGGUUACCUUAUUGCACAGGAGGCUUCUGCUGAGCUGCCCCCAGCCGAGCGGGAGGGAUGCUCUGCUCAGCCCCAGCAGGGCAGCAGGACCCAGCUCUCGGACCCGCGUACCCACAGCCCGCUAACGCUGCAAUCGAAAGUCCUCGGAGGGAAAACCCUGCUCUCAGACAGCUGCUCUGUGAGCCCUAGCACGGGCCUGGGCUGGGACAGAAUGUGCCCUCAUACAUCACCAGGACAGGCACAGCCACUUCCCAGGGUGUGCAGUUACCUGGCCUCAACAUAACUGUCUGUAAGUGCCCGUGGAAUUCUAGAGCCUGGAGCAGAAUUUAGACCUCGGAGUUCAAACUUCAUUAGCAGUUCUACUAAUGAACAGGGAGCUAAUGAGGAGCCAGUCCCUGCCUGAUCCCCGCAGGAUCGAUCAGCAGCACAAGCUGCUCUCCGAUGGACUGACCCGACUUCCAACUGGCAGCGGAAAGAUCGAUGGAGUAAACGAGCCGCUGUGAGC